AUGACAUCCUCUGCCUCUUCUUCCGCAGAAACCCGUCUAGCCACGGCUAAGACGGUUCUCACAACCGCGGCUUCGGUGGCUGCAACCGCAAUGCUAGCUAAAUCCUUAGUCCAAGACUAUUUGCCUGACGAGGUGCACCACUACAUCUCUUAUGGCUUCCGCAUCUUCUUUGGUUACUUUUCAUCCCAAAUGACAAUAAUCAUUGAAGAAUUCGAAGGGUUUGUUCACAACGAAGUCUUCGAGGCCGCGGAGGCUUAUCUAGCCACCAAGAUCUCUCCUUCUAACAAAAGAAUCAAAGUUAGCAAACACGAGAAAGAAAACAACUACAACGUCACCGUGGAACGUGACGAGGAAGUUAUCGAUACCUUCAACGGCAUCAAAUUCCGGUGGGUCCUCCAUUGCCGCCACGUUGAGUCCAAGAACUUCCACCACCCUCGGGAUCUAAACUCCACACUCAGAUCCGAGGUCAGAUCAUUCGAGCUCAGCUUCCACAAGAAAUUCAAGGACAUGGCUCUUGAAUCUUACUUGCCAUUCAUGGUCAAACGAGCCACGUUGGUGAAGCAAGAGAAGAAAACGCUCAAGAUCUUCACUCUUGACCCGGACAACAUGUAUGGGACUUACUCAGACGCUUGGACCUCUGUGAUUCUUGACCAUCCUUCUACCUUCAAGACGCUAGCAAUGGACGCAUAUGUCAAGAGAAAUGUGAUGGGAGAUCUUGACCAGUUUGUGCAGCGGAGGGACUUCUAUAAAAGGGUUGGUAAAGCUUGGAAGAGAGGUUACUUGCUCUACGGGCCACCGGGUACAUGGAAGUCAAGUUUAAUCGCAGCUAUGGCCAAUCAUCUCAACUUUGAUGUUUAUGACUUGGAGCUAACUGCGGUUAGCAACAACUCUGAGCUACGAAGAUUGCUCAUUGCCACUGCUAAUCGUUCGAUACUUGUUGUGGAAGAUAUCGAUUGUUCGAUUGAAUUGAAAGAUAGGACAUCAACCGAUGAUGACGAGAGCGAUGAAAACCAACGGUACAAAAAGGUGACACUCUCUGGUCUUCUAAAUUUCAUAGAUGGUCUAUGGUCAAGCUGUGGUGACGAACGGAUCAUUAUAUUCACAACCAAUUAUAAAGAGAAACUUGACGCGGCGUUGUUGAGGCCAGGACGUAUGGAUAUGCACAUACACAUGUCCUACUGCACGCCAAGUACUUUCAGGGCUCUUGCUUCAAACUAUCUAGAGAUCAAAGAACAUAAGCUUUUCAGUAAGAUCGAUGAAGGUAUUGAAGCAACAGAGGUAAGUCCAGCAGAGAUUGCUGAACAGCUUAUGAGGAAUGACACUGUUGAUAAGAUUCUUGAGGGUUUGGUUGAGUUCUUGAAAGUCAAGAAGAUCGAGAACAAACAAGAGGAUGCAAAAAAGGAAGAGCAAGAAUUGAAAGAGAAAAAGGAAAAGACCACCGAAGGCAAAGAUUCUGAGGUUAUUAAGAAAAACGAAGAGGUGGAUGAACAGGUUAUGAGGAAUGACCGUGUUGACAAGGUUCUUGAGGGUUUGGUCGAGUUAUUGAAGGCCAAGAAGAUCGAAAACGACCAAGAUAAGCCUAAACCUGAGGAGGCGAGUAACAUUAUAUAG